AUGGGACAUCCCCAAAACACCAAAUGGGACAUCCCCAAACCACCAAAUGAGACAUCCCCCAAACACCAAAUGGAACUUCCCCAAACCACCAAAUGGGACAUCCCCCAAAACACCAAAUGGGACAUCUCCCCAAACCACCAAAUGGGACAUCCCCAAUCCACCAAAUGGGACAUCCCCAAAACACUAAAUGGGACAUUCCUCAAAACACCAAAUUGGACAUCUCCAAAAAACCAAAUGAAACAUCCCCAAUCCACCAAUUGGGACAUCCCCAAACCACCGAAUGGGACAUCCCCAAUCCACCAAUUGGGACAUCCCCAAACCACCGAAUGGGACAUCCCCAAACCACCAAAUUGGACAUCCCCAAAACACCAAAUGGAACAUCCCCAAAACACCAAAUGGAACAUCCCCAAACAACCAAAAAGUACAACCCCCAAACCACCAAAUUGUACAUUCCCAAAACGCAAAAUUGUACAUCCCCAAACCACCAAAUGGGAUACCCCAAAACACCAAAUGGGACAUUCCCCAAAACACCAAAUGGGACAUCCCCAAAACACCAAAUGGGACAUCCCCCAAAACACCAAAUGGGACAUCUCCCCAAACCACCAAAUGGGACAUCCCCAAUCCACCAAAUGGGACAUCCCCAAAACACCAAAUGGGACAUUCCUCAAAACACCAAAUUGGACAUCUCCAAAAAACCAAAUGAAACAUCCCCAAUCCACCAAUUGGGACAUCCCCAAACCACCGAAUGGGACAUCCCCAAUCCACCAAUUGGGACAUCCCCAAACCACCGAAUGGGACAUCCCCAAACCACCGAAUGGGACAUCCCCAAACCACGGAAUGGGACAUCCCCAAACCACCAAAUUGGACAUCCCCAAAACACCAAAUGGAACAUCCCCAAAACACCAAAUGGAACAUCCCCAAACAACCAAAAAGUACAACCCCCAAACCACCAAAUUGUACAUUCCCAAAACGCAAAAUUCUAAAGGUCAGCGAAUGUAUGGCAUUCCCAGUAGAAUACAAGAUGAAAUUACUGCUGAGAAUAUUGCAUUAGCUGCCAAUAGAGACAAGUAUGACACACUUGUGAACAUGAUAGAAGUUAAAUUAUUACAUUCCAACUACUGUACUGUAAUAGACGAUGUGUUACAAUUAAGAACCAAUGUUGAUACGUGUGUGACUGCAUUGUCAAUUGACAGAAGGAAAACCAUAGCCGAGUUGGAGACUGCAAUUACAGAGGUGUUUGGUAGCAUGACUCCCUCUCCAGACAUGUGUCUGCACACUGUCAAAGACUUACCUGCAGGUUUGCAUCUGUAUAAUCAUGUCUCAGGUGAAAGACUUGUCAGUAUACAUGAUGCUGGGAUCUCCAAUGAAACACUGUUGUUUGUGUGGAAUGGUAUUCAGGUUGAUGGAGUACCAUUGCACAUUGGCGCAUCAUGUGAGCCAUUGUUGUUAACAAUAACGUAUACAACAACAAACAACACUCGUCCCCAAGAACUGACAAGAACAUUUCGCAAGGACUCUAUCAUUGGUGAAAUUAAAGUUAUAUUAAGUGAUAUAAUUGGUAUUGAUAUAGAAAACUUAGUGUUAAGUUUACAACACACAGUGCCUGUCGUGUUAAGACGUAAUGAUGAUGGUAAAACACUAUCAGAACUCUCCAUUGAAGAUGGAGACAGAAUAACAGCUACAAGUAGUAGCAAAUAUGGGGAUUCUCUUAUGUUAACGCAAGCAGAGGCUGAAAGACAAAGUAAAAUGAUAUCAUUUAUUGUGGAAAACAGAUGCUGUGAAAAGAAUGAAGAGAGCUGGCCUGUCAUUCAUGUGGAGGUUGUUAAAGAUUACAUAACUCUGGUAUUUACUCCAGGUGACCCUGCCAGUGCUAAACCUGAUAUGGAGAUUGUAGUGGACAAGAAUUGUACAAUUAAAAAGUGUUUGACUUUGAUGCUUGAGAAAUCAUGGUUAGAAGGGAGUGCUUGGCAUCUCAGGAAAACCAACUGGUGUGGUGAGGAAGCGGAUGUCUUGGACUACACAGAUGCAACAUUAGAGGAAGAAAAUGUUAAAAAUGGUCAUCACUUACUCCUUGUUGAAGGGAAGUUGCCACCAAGAGGUUUCCUUAGAUUACCGAUAUAUCUGUACAGUACACCAAGCCAAAGUCUCUCCUCAGAUACUGGUAUUGUUUCAAGUAUUACAUCCAGUGUUGAAAGUAAGUUAGGGAGACACAAAUUGACAAACUCAUGUAAGUUAUGUGCUCAAAUUACACCACAGGAAGAAGAUCUUAGUACCAACACAAUCGUGUUAAAUAUCUGUCGGAGAAUGCCAGACACCAGGUCAUACACACCGUGUGAAGAGAUGAUAUUAGAUACAUCUAAAGGCGCUACACCACUGAUAUUAAAACAGACUAUUGCAGAUAGAUUGUGUUUACAGAUGGAGAAUCUACAAAUAGCUAAGCACUGGACUGAACAAUAUGAAUGGAUGAUUCUAGAUGAGUCAUCACUUAAUGCAAAUGUUUUUAAGAAUAAGCAAGGAAAAGGUAAAAGGAAAAACAUGCCAAAAGUAAACUUACGCCAAGGUCCUUUCUACCUAAAGGAUGGAGAUACAGUUGGUGUCAAGGAUAUUCAACAUGAUUCUUCAAACAAAGAUGAUUUCACGACAGUGGAAGACGAUAUUGGUAAAGAAAAACUAAAAAAACAAGCAGAGGAAAGAAAACUAAGGAGAAUGGAAAACCGAUUGAAAAAUGAUGCUGCUGGUGUUGAUGACGAGUCUGGCAGCAAAUCCAAGGACAGGAAACCUGAAGUUGGGAUACAUAUCCAUGUUGGUGACUUCAGAUGAGGACAUUAAUACAGUUUCUGUCAACUGAUGGAAGAAACAGGCCUCAAUGAAGAAUUUAAUAAUCAUUUGUUUAUGAAUGGACACAGUAAAAAUGUGGACUAUUUAAAAGCUAAAAAUACUAAACAACAAAUAGCAAACAAAAAUAAAUAGGAACCAAACAUGUUUCUAUGGAAGCAAUGACUUUGUAAUUUCCCUUGAAAUCCUAGUCUGGCGGCCAUUUUGAAUUGAAAAUUUGUCUUAGUACUGAGGUUCAUAGUUCAAUAACUCAAUAUUGUCAAAAGUUGUGUUAGUCGUGUCCAUGUCUUAAUUAUUCAGACUUAUUCAGAACAUUCGAAAGAUGGAACAGACAAAACGUGUUUGAAAUGAAAUCAACACCUUACUAGAUGACAUAAGCUGAUGAGAUCAAAAUUGUUUUUACUAAUGAAAAUCCAAUGGAAUUU